AUGACGAAUAACUGGCUAACAGAUCUUGAAGAAGAGGUUUUAACUCCUAACGUUGCUCUCAGGCUACAAUACAAACUUAUCAAAUACAUAGCAGAAUUUUUAGAAUCACAACAAGAUCGAUACAAUUUAUGUUUUGUUAAUAAGGCAUGGACACCAGCAGCUAUUAAUGUAUUAUGGUCAGAACCAAUUUUCAAAACACCUGAUUCUAUAUACUACUUCCUGCAAGAGGUUUUAACUCCUAACGUUGCUCUCAGGCUACAAUACAAACUUAUCAAAUACAUAGCAGAAUUUUUAGAAUCACAACAAGAUCGAUACAAUUUAUGUUUUGUUAAUAAGGCAUGGACACCAGCAGCUAUUAAUGUAUUAUGGUCAGAACCAAUUUUCAAAACACCUGAUUCUAUAUACUACUUCCUGCGUGUGGUCAAACAAUCAAAACAAAGGGCUUUAAGAAUACGUGUUCUCAAUCUAUGUGCUCCAGAAGGAAAUAACGUCAACUCUUUUGCACCAGUUUUAUGUUCCGAUCAUAUCGAACACAAGAUAAUGUCAACAUACUUUAUAUCAAAACCAAAUUUAUUAACAAAUCUUGUUAGAUUAUGUGAAAAUCUACGCAAGAUUAAAGUAUAUGGAUGGAAUUUAUCUGAUAGUCACAUACAAUCUUUGCCACAAUACUGCCCAGAACUCAAAGAAAUCCUGGUGAUUGGUAAUAAUCAAUUGACUCACAAGGCCUUUCAUUCACUGAUGAGCUGUAUAUCUGAUCUUCGUGUAUUAGAUUUAGAUGGCGUUUUUAAACUUUCUGACAAUUUUGCAGAAGCAUUAGCAAUCAAGUGUCCAUCACUUUGUUCACUUAAACUUUCAACCAAAGAAAUAUCCGAAAAAGGAUUUGAUACAUUAGCAACCAAAUUAACAAAACUUAACAACCUAAUAUUACAAAAUUGCUUAUAA